AUGGAAGAGGAACAAACACCAGAGAGAAGAAGAACACAGAAGUUUCCUGAGACAGACGAAGAGAGGGCUGAAAGAUUAGCCAAGCAGGAAGAAGCUGAUUCACGAUCCGUCUAUGUUGGUAAUGUCGAUUACAAAGCGACACCAGAGCAGUUGGAGGAGUUUUUUCGUCCAGUUGGAGUCAUUGACAGGGUUACAAUAUUAUUUGAUAAAUAUAGCGGGUUGCCCAAAGGUUAUGCUUACGUUGAAUUUGAAAAUAUUGAAAGUGUGAACAAGGCGGUUGAUUUGCAUGGUAAAGAGUUUAGAGGUAGGGAAAUUCGAGUCUCGCCAAAGAGAACCAAUAUACCUGGAUUUGGAAAGAGAGGCCCAAGAGGCAGAGGAGGAUUCAGAGGAAGAGGAAGAGGCAGAGGAAGAGGCAGAGGAGGCAGGGGCGGAGCAAAUGGACGAGGAGAGGGCGGCAGUAGCGGAACAGAUGAUAAUGGAGAAGUGGUAACAGAAUCUACAACUUUUGAAACUAUAAUCUGA